AUGGCAAGGCUCUCGACACCAGCCACCAAGUCCAAGACACCAAAACCGUCCGCAGGUAACAAUGGUCAGCAUGCGCCGUCUCCUGCGCACGAGGCAGCAUUGAGGACUCUACCACGACAAGAACUACACCGGCCGACGAAGCAAGCGUCCUACGAGCUUGCCAACCACGCCAAAGCCUAUCUUGAGGGUGGCCAAUACGCCAGCGGUUAUGACUUCCUCUACAGCCUACUCGCAGCUGGCACCAGCAUCUCGACGCCCGCAAAGCCAUACAUAGGCUUUCUCGCACCGCCUGCAUACAUCGCAUUCGCCUCUUCCACAGUCGUCGAUCCCAAAUUCACAACCAAAGCGCAAUCACAAGACGCUGUCAAAGGCUCCAAUGCUGCGCUGCGAUAUUUGCAAUGCUUACGCACGACGAUAGACGGUCCCGCAUACCCAACUAUAAAGAAAGCCUUCACGUUCCCAGACGAGCGCAACAGAAGACGUGCGCCGGCCAAAAGAACAGAUGCCAGCUCAUCGCCAGAGCCGGCUGGCGACAUCGAGCGAAUAGCGGGCGAGGCUGCGAAUCAGAAGAGCCUGUGGUAUCGCGCAGACGACUUCUGGCAUAUCGUAGGAUGGUCAUUCAACUGCGCAAUAAUACACAAGAAACGGUGGAGUCGGUGGAAGCUAUGGCUGGCGAAUAUGGUCGACUUUCUAGAAACAGAUUGGGAUGUCUGCGUCAAGCAAAGCAAGCUGCUAGACGGGACGAUCGAUACGGCAGCCCUACAACAGAGUCUAGUCUGGCACUACAUUAUCGGACAUGAGGGAGCUUCAAUGAACCGCUCCAGGAGGCGCCGAAUGGUCAAGGCUAUACUUGCGACGGCCACAUCCGAGUCGCUCAAAGAGUAUCCGGAGAUAUGGGACAAGGAGACAGUAGAGCUGAGACGUAAGAAGGAUGAAGGUCAGCCUGUGCGGGACAUUGACUUUGAGACUGGGGAGCUGGCCGACUAUGGCAGCGAUGAAGACAUGCAGGACGCACCGGAAGACAGCGACAGUGAGAGCACAGAUGGCAUCGUUGUGGACACCAGCGGACUGGCCGCAAGAAACACACGCGAAGCCAUAGAGCACCUUGGCGGGCAAGACGCGAUUGAGCUGCGCCAGCGUCUCAUAGCACUUCUUGUCCACGUAGCCGAAGCCUUACCAGCCCACUUCACACCCCUCUUCGACCUCUGCGACACCAUCCUCGAAGACUUCAACGCUCUCCCGACCGUCACAUUCCAAGUCCUGUUAUCCACAAUGAAGCUACCGCAUAAGAUUCGUCUUGCCUUUACCGUCAACCUCCUCCAUCCCCUGAUCACAGGCAAGCCACCCAACUACUUCAUCCGCCAGCCCACACAAGAGGACUUUGAAGAGAUACUUUUACCCUUGCGAGGGACGACAAAGAGCUUUGCGGCAAACGCCAAGAUCUCUUUGAUUCUAGAACAGAUAGUGCUGCGCACGAUGGAACAGCAACUCCUCAAGCCCACGGACGCUCUGAGGGAAGCUAUGGAGUCUGGUAUCGAUGCGCGGAACAAGGUGCUUGGGACGGGCAAGGGCAAGAGAGGGAACGCUGAAGAGGAGAAUAUAGCUAAGAAGCUCUUGCACACGUCUUCUGAGAGGCUGUUGGGGUUGCUCGAGGUGCUCGAGAUGCAACAUGGGAAGAAGCCACAGCCCAUGCAAGGUAAUAAGCGCAGAGGCGGUGGGGAGAGAGACUUGAUGGUUUCCUUUGGCUCGAAUUUGUCGUCGCUUUCGAGUCCGCCUUCUUCAACUGAGAACGAUACUGAUGCUGAAUGA